GAAGUCCGGGUCCCGCCCCGGAGUCAGAACCUUAAGGCCGCCGCCGCCGCCGCCGCCUGGCAGAGUUCUUGAGGCUGGCUAUGGGGCUCUGAUAGCCAUGGACGGCUACAAGGGCUUUCUGGGGCUGCUGGUGUCGUCGCUCCUCGUCGGCUUCCUGUCCGUGAUCUUCACCCUCAUCUGGGUCCUCCACUACCGGGAGGGACUCGGCUGGGAUGGGACCGCGCUCGAGUUUAACUGGCACCCGGUGCUCAUGGUCACUGGCUUCGUCUUCAUCCAGGGCAUCGCCAUCAUCGUCUACAGACUGCCAUGGACCUGGAAAUGCAGCAAGCUCCUGAUGAAGUCCAUCCACGCAGGGUUACACACCGUUGCCACCAUUCUCGUAAUUAUCGCUCUGGUGUCUGUUUUUGAUUUCCACAAUGCCCUGAGUAUCCCUAACAUGUACAGUCUACACAGCUGGGUCGGACUGACAGUUGUCAUACUCUACAUCUUACAGCUUCUCCUAGGGAUUUUCAUCUUUCUGCUUCCUUGGGCUCCGCUUUCCCUCCGAGCAUUUGUCAUGCCCAUGCAUGUCUACUCUGGGCUCCUCAUCUUUGGAACGGUGAUUGCCGCGGUGCUUAUGGGAGUGACUGAGAAACUGUUCUUUGCCCUGAAUAGUUCUGGAUACAGUAAGUUCCCACCAGAAGGUGUUUUCACAAAUACCCUCGGCCUCCUGAUUGUGCUCUAUGGGGCGCUCAUUUUUUGGAUAGUCACCAGACCGCAAUGGCAACGUCCUAAAGAACCAAAUUCUGUCCUGCUUCAGCCAAACGGAGGCGCUCAAGAGGGAGCGGGAGGCUUAACCGUCAACUUUAGCAAUGUGGACACACCAGAUUCAAAAUUAAACCACGAAGCCUCAGCAAAGAAAAGAAACUUCACUGCUGAUGAGGUUGGCCAGAGAUCCACCAUGUAAAAUGUUGUAGAGAUGUGGCCCAAUAACUUCACUUUUAAAAACCAGCCUUCCAGUUUAACUUCUCCUGUUUAGCCCCAAAAUGAUUGAGCUCUGCAGUCGAUAUUUAUUUUAAUCAUAAAGUAGGAUUCCUUGGAAGAGUUUGUAUGGAUUGAGGCCUAUGAUCUUACCUGAAUUGGAAAGGAGACGAUCUGUGUAAAUAGUAGAAGAUAUAAAUGGUGGUUAUGUUACUUCUUUCUUAUCAUGGACCAAAAUAUUUAGCACAGUGCCUUACAUAGAACAGAUAAUCAAAAGGUGUCUCUCCAAAACAAACAAACAAAAAACUUAAAAAAACCAAAAACAAAAA